GAUCGCUGCUCUUAGGCACGUGCAUCCUAACUUGCAGGCACACAAAUCUCUCUCUAUCUCUCUCUAAUCUCUUCUCUUUUAUGAAAUCUUCAAGUGUCAGUUUGAACGGAUAUAUGUGCUUGGCUUCAACCUUUGAACCUUUUAGCCUUUUCCAAUAUAUAUAUAUUUAUGAUUUCUCUCUGUAAUUAAUUAUUAUCUUACUUUCUUCCCACUGGUAUGAAUCAAUAGGUUAUAGAUUUUGGCUAUAACCUAUAAAGAUUGAAGAUUCUUAACUUUCUUUCUUUUGAACAUUUGUUUUUUUUUAAUAAUUUGUUGUUCUUGAGAAUAACCCAGAUCGGAUAUGUGAAAAAGAUCAAAUUUUUGUUAGUGGGUUUGUUUGUUUGUUUGUUUGUUUCCAAUGUGAUGACGGCUAAUGAAGGAAGCAGCAGCGGUUUGAGAGAUUAUCGAAAAGGAAACUGGACUGUACAAGAGACAAUGAUUCUGAUUGAAGCAAAGAAAAUGGAUGAUGAAAGAAGAAUGAAAAGAAUAAUUGGAGAUAACACAACAACUGAUCAAUUAUCAACCGGCAGAGGAAAACCAACUGAACUCAGAUGGAAAUGGGUCGAAGAUUAUUGCUGGAAAAAUGGUUGUUUUAGAAGCCAAAAUCAAUGCAAUGAUAAAUGGGAUAAUCUCAUGAGAGAUUUCAAGAAAGUAAGGGAUUAUGAAAGAAGAUUGGAGAAAGGUAAAGCAGAUCAUCAUGAAGAAACUCAUGUCUUAAUAUCUUCAUCAUCUUCUUAUUGGAAUAUUGAAAAACAUGAGAGAAAAGAAAGGAAUCUUCCUUCAAAUAUGUUGCCUCAGAUCUAUGAAGCAUUAAUGGCGGUUGUAGAGAAGAAAGGUGGAGGUUUGAGACAGCAGAUUGUUGUUCCUUCUUCUUCUUCCAUUGGAUUAAUCCCCACAAAUCCAGUUUUACCUCUUCAAUUACCUGCUCCGCCGCAACCGUCACCGCCGGCGCCGGCGCCGCCUCUUGUGCCACCGCUAUCUGCAAUGCCAGUUUAUUCUCAGCCAUUGCCGGCGGCCACUAUCAUUGGAAGCAUAGAUUCUGACACAAGUGAGGAUUCAGACUCGCCGGAGCCGGCAACAAAGAGGAGGAGAAAAGGAGAUGCUGCCGGAGGAGUGGCCGGAGAAAGUAAUACCGAUGAUAAUAGUAAUAAAAAUUCAAAUAUUGAUGAGGCCAUUUCGAGAAGUGCUUCGAUAAUUGCAGAAGCCAUUAAAGCUUGUGAAGAAAGAGAGGAAAGAAGGCAUAGAGAUUUGGUGAGAUUACAUGAAAGGAGAUUGCAGAUUGAAGAAUCUAAAGCAGAGAUUAAUAGACAAGGAAUUAAUGGUUUGGUUGAAGCUGUUAAUAAACUUGCUAAUUCAAUUCUUGUAUUGGCUUCAAACAAGACUCAUCAUCAACCUUCAAGUUCAUCCAAGUGAUUGAUUCAUCAUCAUCAUGAUUUGAUCUUCUUAAUUCCUAGCUAUAAGCUAGCUAAUUUAUUAGAGA